AUGGACUUAAUUAUCAAGAAGAGCAAGAAGAGGAGGAUCGGAGAGGGUCGGCCUAGAACUAAGUGGGGUGGCUUGACGCAAGUUAAGAAGAAAGUAGAGAUUAAGAAAGGGGCAUAUGUUAAGUUGACUGAGAGUAAAGAUACAGCGGAGAAGCGGGUGAAUAGAGAGGUCUAUAAAGUAGCAAAGAAGGAGGCUAAGCUAGCAGUUACAACUGCUAAGACAACAAUGUUUGAGAGCCUGUAUACAGGGUUAGAGGAGAAAAAUGGGGAAAAGAGGUUGUAUAGGAUUGCUAAGGCUAGGGAAAGGAAGGGUCGGGACCUCAAUCAAGUGAAGUUCAUUAACGGGGAAGAUGGUAGAGUGCUUCUGAAUGAGGAGGGGGACAAAGACGUUGAGUUAGGAAAGCUGGAGCACUCUGAGGAGAGCCAUGAUUUCAGUUAUUGUAGAUGUUUUAAGGUUGAGGAGGUUAGAGAGGUUGUUCGUAGGAUGCGAAGGGGAGGGGCUACGGGGCCUGAUGAGAUUCUGGUGAAUUUUUGGAUGUUUCAAGGUGGGGUUGGUUUAAGGUGGUUGACUGAUUUGUUUAAUGACAUUUUCAAGACAGCGAAAAUGCCUGAGGCUUGGACGUGGA